AUGGGAGAAGGUGAAGAGUGCGAAGCCGCAAACUACGUCCUCUAUCACUUUAAACUACCUCCUGAGGCCGUCACCUUCUGUACCAACCUGUUGGUGCACUUGGUGGACCUCAUCGGAACCGAUGAUCGAACACACACCAGGCCCGUAUUGAUGACAGUUGUAUCUGUCUCGGGGACAUGGAUUCUCACCGGUUGUCUUGCAAAUCAACACGGAUGA